AUGGAAACAGAAAGCGUUAUAAGGGGAAGUGAGGUUGGUGUUGGUGAUUGUGGCAGUGGAGUCAAGUUUCGGAGUAACGUCCAUAUGGAGGAAGAUAUAGAAGACGUAGAUGAUGCAGGUAGUUGUGCACUUGACAUGGUUGUUAGGUAUUUAUCCCCCCUGGAAACAAUUCAUAAGACUCACACUAUGGUUGGUAGCAACGAAAUAGUUGUAGUUGUUGAGGAGCUUAAGGAAGGGAUGGUUUUCCAGUCUUGGCAACAGGUUGAAGCCUACUAUAAGGACUAUGCUGAGCAGAUGGGGUUUGGAGUGACAAGGGCUCAAGUUGUAAAUUCUAAGACGGGGGACCAAAAAAAAAUCAAAGUCACGUGGAAGUGUGAGUGUUGGGGAAAACCCGACAUGAGGGCUAGGAGGGAAGCGAAGAAGAGGGCAAAGGCAACGAGUCAUGGAGGUUCAGGUGGUUUAGUUGAUGGGGUGGUAUGUGAGGAUGAAUUAAGUGGUAUGACGAGGACUUCGAAAAAGUGCGAAUGUGAGGCCCGUGUUUAUGGUAAAGUUAACGAAGAUGACUUGUGGGAGUUGAAGAGCGUGGAACUAAAGCAUAAUCAUGAGAUUGAUCCGGCAAAGUCUAAGCUUGUUAAGGAGUACCGCAUGAGGCAAAUGACCUCCAAAGUGAAGAAGACGCUGACAGAUUUGUACGAGCAAGGUGUACCAAUUUCUCAAAUACACGGUUUCAUGGCGACCGAACGAAAGGGUAACAUGGCUCUGACAGUAAAAGAUUUACAACAUGAGGUGUACAAGGCUAGGCGGUUGAAGAUGGUUGGAGGGGACUCGGUGGCAAUGAUGGAGUACUUUGACAAAAUGCAAACUGGGAACCAAAUUUUUUUCCAUGCUCAACGUUUGGAUGAAGAAGGGAGGCUUAAGGAUGUGUUGUGGGUGGAUGCAAGAAGCAGGGUAGCUUAUGAGGACUUUGGUGAUGCGGUUUGCUUCGACGCAACAUACCUAACGAAUGAGUACGAGCUCCCGUUUGUGAACUUUGUUGGUGUGAACCACCAUGGGCAAUCGUUGUUGUUGGGAUGUGCUCUUGUUUUACAUGAAGACUGCAAUAAAUUUGCGUGGAUAUUUCGACAAUGGUUAGCUUGCAUGAACAAUCGAGCUCCUAAAGCCAUAUUGACCAACCAAGCGGCAGCUAUGCGGAGGCCCCUUGCUGAAGUUAUGCCAAACACGGUGCAUCGUUGGUGCAUAUGGCAUAUCAUGAGAAUGAUCCCUGAGAAACUUGGCAAGUGUGCACGUUACCAAGAGUUCGUCAACAACCUCAAAGAGCUGAGCCUACACGAAGAGAGUUAUAUGUGGGUGCCUGCGUACGUGAAGGAGUUUUUUUGGGCCGCUAUGAAGACCACACAAAGGGUGGAGAGCAUCAAUUGGUUUUUUGACGGCUAUGUGAGCCGCAAAACAAAACUCCAUGAGUUUCCUCAAAAGUAUUGCAUGGCCUUGGAUCAACGCGUUCGAGAUGAACUGAGUGCAGAUGCGCGUUGCUCGAAUUACCUUAGGAGGGUGGUUAGUGGAUUCAAAGUCGAAAAAAUAUUCCAAAAGUUAUACACGGACAACAAGUUUCAAGAAGUUCAAAAGGAGUGUACGAGAAUGAUGUAUUGCAACGUCCGAGGAGAGAAGGUUUUGUCUAAAAAGCUUAUUCAGAAUUCGGUUGUCGAUCAUGUAUGGAUAGUACCUCCCGGUGCGAGUGAGGAUGUCAUUACAAACAGGCGAAGAUCCUACAAUGUUACUUUCUGUCCAAUGACAAAGGAGGUGCUGUGUGACUGUAGGAAGUUUGAGACAAGUGGCAUACUUUGCAAACACUGUAUUAGGAUUUUGAAUGAAAACUUGGUUGAAGAUCUACUAGAGAAGUACAUUGUAGACCGUUGGAGGAAGGACAUACCCCGGAAGCACACUAGGGUGAAGGUGGCCUACCAUGACCCGGGGGACACGGUCAAUGUGAAGAGAUUCAACAAAAUGAUGCAAAAACUCGAGCCCUUAUGUGAAACCGCAGCCAUGGUGGAUGAUCAAACGGUCCAUAUGGUAAUUGAAACACUAUCAAAGCUUCAAUUAGCUAUUAAUGAGCGUAGGGACAAGAAGAGUAAGGAAAAUGUUCCUGUAGUUAGUACAUUGACAUCAGCCACUGAAGGCAGAACGUUUUCCUCAGUUAGGAAUCCUGCUGCUGAUGCUACUGCCGUAGAAUCAUGUCCAGCUACGAUGGACCUUGUUAUCAAAGACCCUAUAAUUAAGAAAAGGAAAAGGGGCAGGCCUAAGGGUUCAAGGCACAAAGCGUUAGCUGAAACUGGCUACAAGAAAACCAACAAGAAUAAGAAGCCUAGCCCGGAGCAUGCAGGAAGUGGUGUUGAGGAGGAUGCUGGAAAUGGUGGUGAGGAGGAGGAAGCAGCAGCAAAUGGUGUUGAGGAGGAUGCAAGUGUUGAGGAGGAGGAAAUGGUGUUGCAGGAUCUGGUGUUUAGGAGGAGGAUGCAGGAAAAGGCAGGAAUGACAGAACCCGAUAAGACAAAGGGGAAGACAACAAAUGCAGGAAAUGGUGAUGGUGGUGAGGAGGAUACAACAACAAAUGGUGUUGAGGAGGAUGCAGCAGCAAAUGGUGUUGGGCAGGAUGAAGGUGUUGAGGAGGAGUAA